GUGAUUUUUGAGCAUAACCGGUGGUACUGGAAGAGGAGACACUGCGGCAACUUGUACAGGAAUCCGGAAGUUCAUACCCAUAUUUUGAGCUUGAUUCUCCAGCUUCUGUUCACGAAACGAGGCUUUUUCGAUCAGCGGUACUUCUACGAAACGAGCCAUGACGAAGAAAGCAUACCGAACAUUUUGCGCAGCCACUUAGCAGCUAACACUGCGCGUCUUCGAGACCUGUUCUUUUCUCUGACGGAGGAUGAUUUUAAUACUGGAAGAGCAACAACAACUUCUAGUGGAGGUCCUGGUCCUCAUACCACGACUGGUGGUGUGUCAAAUAGUAGUAUUGGCGGGCUGCGUCUGAUGAAACUACUCUUUGGUGGGACAGAGGAAGGCCUGGGUACAAAUGAACAGAUCGAUCUCUUUGCAGCCUCAAAGAUCGUUGCUCCAGAGCAGCGUUAUUCCUCCGACUUCGCUGAGGGCGCAGAGGCGAUGGCCCAAUCCACUGGUCAGUUCUCUGAGCUGUUUUUCUUUUCCAACCCGUUUUUGGAUGUAGAGCAGGUGCUUGCGUCCUGUUGUAGCUCGAG